AUGGACUGUAACUGCGUCAGCGAUCUGCUGCUCCCCCCAGUGCCCGCACUCUGGACGCCAGGGUUUGCCUUCCCUGACUGGGCCUACAAGCCGGAGUCGAGCCCGGGAUCACGGCAGAUCCAGCUCUGGCACUUCAUCUUGGAGCUGCUGCAGAAGGAGGAGUACCAGGGCGUGAUCGCGUGGCAGGGCGACUACGGCGAGUUCGUCAUCAAGGACCCAGACGAGGUGGCUCGAUUGUGGGGGAUCAGGAAGUGUAAACCUCACAUGAACUAUGACAAGCUGAGCAGAGCACUAAGGUAUUACUACAACAAGCGCAUUUUGCACAAAACCAAAGGGAAGCGCUUCACAUACAAGUUCAACUUUAGCAAGGUGGUGCUAGUCAACUAUCCCAUCCUCGACAUGGCCAACUCGCCCUUCUUCCUGGCCCAGAACCACUUCAAUGGAGGCUCCACCGCACCCGACUGCACCCCGGAGACCAUCCAGUCCCUGUUUCCUCGCUUACCAGACUCGGGCCGAACCUCCUCCCUGUUUGAUCGAGGGAGCACAGCGCCGGGGCCAGAAGGAGACAAGCUCCGACUGGACACAUUUCCUUUCCUGAGUUCAGGUGGCCCAUGCUACACCAAACCUCCAUCCCUUCUGGGCGCGUACCCCCGCAGCCCACCCUUCGACUACCCGUGGGGUUUCAACCCCUACCUCCCAGGGGCCUUCUCCCUCAACAACUGCCCCAAGCUGCCCCCCGGCUCCCUCUACCCCUCCCAGUUCUAUCCCGGCCCCUUGCCCAGCAGCCUCUCUCAGCUGUCCCACCCCUUCACCACCCUGCUACCACAUGGGGAGGCCGAGAGGGGAGCGGCCGGCGGGACCAACGGGGCGCUGGGGGGCCAGCCCGGCCGACCGACCGCGCUGCCCUACCCGGGGAGCCUGUCACUGGGCCGCGCCGACCUAGCCAACUCUCUGGUGGGCGGGGAGCGUGCCCGGGCCACACCCCCGAUUCUGGGCCCGGGGCGCCAGAGCCCCACGGAGAGGCGGGGAAGCGUCAAGCGGGACGCCGAGUCAGACUCAGACUUGGAGAUCACCGACCUGAGUGACUGCAGCUCGGACAACGAGCACGAUUUUGCCACGGCCAAAGACGCCGCCCUGGGGGGGAAGAAGGCGGCUGCACUGCCUCUGCCCCUGCCGCCGCCCGUGUCCGCCCUUCCUCUGAAGGGGCUGAUGCCCCUCACCCCACCUCCGCCGCUUCCUGCCAUGUUGCAUGAGCGCCACAGGGAGACAGACACCCUCAAAAUGAUCCACAGCUAA